AUGGAUGGCAACCACACGCUCCUAGGGGCAAGAUCGACGGUCCAACACGAAAUCAAGAAAGACAUACAUUUGAGGGUAGAUCCCUCUUGCUCAGCUCCCCGCAAGCUGUGGCUCUUGUGCACGCAUGCAUUACGAUGGCAUUUUGAGCUGUUCACUUUCGAAUUCGACCGCAACUACUCACCCAACCCACUCAACUCGACCAACAUCAACUCCCCCCUCUCACCAAGCAUGAAGACCUCGUCCUCCAUCCUCGCAGCCAUGGCCCUGCUCGCUGUUGCCGCUCUCGGUGCCAAUGGAGUGCACGUCGACGACAACCCCAUCGCACACCACGCCCACGCCUCCGACCAUUUGGUCACCUCGGAACCUGUGGCAGAUGAGAGGACCUGGGUGCCGUUCCGCGCUCUUCGGUCGAUGGAUUACCCCCAGCUGGGGCACCUCAGCGACUACACCCACAAGCCCAGGACACCCACCAGCUUGGACAAGCUGACUGCCAUCAAGAACGCCCACCGAGCCCUGGGUCAGGCCCAAGCGACACCAGCCCCCACCGUUCCUGUGACCAAGGCCACCCCUGCUCCGACCAAGACUGACAGUAACAACGUGAGAGCCACGCCCGCUCCGACGAAGGCGAACCCGCCCAGAGCCACCCCAGCGUCGACGACUACCAGCGCGACACCUCGCCCCACGACCACUAGCAGCACUCACCACGUGGCUCCACCUCCUGCCAACAAGAAGCCGAAGGCGCCUGCUGCUCCUCCUACGAAGCAGGGAAAAACUGGUCCGAGUUCGACUUCCAACGCGACUCAGCAGAAGACUCGCAACUUGGGCGGAAACGAGGCCAAGCAGCAACUUCCUUCCGACCACCACCACGGCGCCAAGCAGGGAGUGAAGAAUGGACUGAAGCACCACUAA